AUGGCCGACAACGUUGCCGCCUCUACCUCUUCGACCCUCCCUCCUCCCCCCCAAACCUCUGCUGCUGCUCCCAACCAGCAGUACGAUGCGUCUCAGGGCAAUGGUCAAGCUAAUCCUUCCCACAUGCCGCCGCCUCNCCGCCCGCCUGUGGUGAUUCCUCAGAACACCAACCCCAUCCCGACCGCCAUUACCUCUCCCAUGUCCGGAAACAUGAUGUCCCCGACCAGCGCUGGUGGUUUCGUACGCCGCGCUGCCCCUGAACCAAACAAGAGGGCUCUGUAUGUCGGUGGCCUCGACCCUCGGGUGACUGAGGAUAUCUUGAAGCAAAUCUUUGAAACGACUGGCCAUGUCGUCAGUGUCAAGAUCAUUCCGGAUAAGAACAAGUUCAACAGUAAAGGAUACAACUACGGCUUCGUCGAAUUCGACGACCCGGGCGCCGCCGAGAGGGCCAUGCAGACGCUCAACGGACGUCGCAUCCACCAGUCGGAAAUUCGUGUGAACUGGGCCUACCAGUCUAACAGCACAAACAAGGAGGAUACGUCUAACCACUUCCACAUUUUCGUCGGAGAUCUGAGCAAUGAAGUCAACGAUGAGGUGCUUCUCCAGGCUUUCUCGGCCUUUGGCUCGGUAUCCGAGGCUCGUGUUAUGUGGGAUAUGAAGACUGGCCGGUCCCGUGGCUAUGGCUUUGUUGCUUUCCGCGAGCGCUCUGACGCCGACAAGGCUCUGAGUUCUAUGGAUGGGGAGUGGCUCGGCUCCCGCGCUAUUCGUUGCAACUGGGCCAACCAAAAGGGUCAGCCUUCCAUUUCCCAGCAGCAGGCCAUGGCCGCCAUGGGGAUGACGCCGACCACGGCCUUCGGUCAUCACCAUUUCCCUACCCACGGCAUCCAGAGCUACGACAUGGUCGUCCAGCAAACCCCACAGUGGCAGACCACGUGCUAUGUGGGUAACUUGACCCCUUACACCACGCAGACCGAUCUCGUCCCACUCUUCCAGAACUUCGGCUACGUGAUCGAGACCCGUCUGCAGGCCGACCGUGGAUUCGCGUUUAUCAAAAUGGACACGCAUGAGAAUGCCGCCAUGGCCAUUUGCCAGUUGAACGGCUACAACGUCAAUGGUCGUCCCCUCAAGUGCAGCUGGGGCAAGGACCGUCCUCCUACCGGCCAGUUCGACAACUUCUCUGGUCAGCAGAGCAACUCGGGGUUUAAUUCCACCCCAGCCCCGUACUUUCCCCAGUACGGCGGUCCGGGCGCUCCCAUGACUCCUCAAGGUACCUCUCUUCUAUUGUCAAGAUUCUGCGCCUUUUCGCUAAUGUGUUCAACUACAGGCCCUACUCCGACCCAAAGAGGUUGGGACCAGUCCGGCAUGGCAGGCCAAGGUUAUGGCCAGGUCCCUGGUAAUGCUGGCUAUGGCCGCGGUCAAGCCACGCCUACUUCCGGCUGGAACCAGCCCAACAACGCCAACUUUGGAAAUGGUUUCGGCGGCUACCAAGCGUAG